CCGACGACAGAAUUUCUCAUUCCCGCCACCAUAAACGAUGCUCAAAUUCACAUUACAAAUCCUCGCACCUUCAAAUCAUGGCCGCCGCCGAUUCCUCUCCGUGCUCGAAUCCGCAGCCCACUCCCAAAUUCAAGCCCCAGUUUCUGAAUUUCCAAAAAAAUUCAAACUUUUGUCACUCCCUAAAUGCAAAAAUAUCUCUCAAUUGCGAAAACUUCACUGCGAGCUAAUUGUUAACGGUUUAAUCUCAGAGCUUUCCACCGCUAACAAAAUUCUUCACGCAUACACACUCCACAAAGAUUUGGAGAGUUCGUAUGCAUUGUUUUGUGAUGUUAAUGUGAAAAAUUCUUACUUUUGGAGUGUUAUGAUUGGUGGCUUUGCCAGAGCUGGUGAAUUUCUCAGCUGUUGCAGAGUUUUUAGGGAUUAUGUGAGGUCUGGUGAUUUGCCUGAUGAUUACACUUUGCCGGUGGUUAUAAAGAUUUGUAGGAAUUUUAUGGACUUGGGAAUGGGGAGAUUGUUGCAUUGCUUUGUGUUCAAGUGUGGAUUUUGUUGUAAUACUUUUGUGGCUGCGGCGCUCAUGGAUAUGUAUGCGAAGUGCAAGGUGAUUGGGGAUGCGGGGAGGGUGUUCGAUGAGAUGCCUGAGAGAGACCUUGUUAGUUGGACUGUGAUGAUUGGGGCUUAUACUGAAUGUGGGAAUCCGGAGGAGGGGUUGGAGUUGUUUGAUCGGAUGCGAGAGGGUGGAAUUGUGCCGGAUAAGAUUGUGAUGGUUAAUGUUGUCAAUGCUUCUGCGAAGCUGGGGUCGAUGCAUAAGGCGAGGGUUGUGGAUGAGUACGUGAAGGUGAUGGGGUUUUCGUUGGAUGUGAUUCUCGGAACUGCUAUGAUUGAUAUGUAUGCGAAAUGUGGGAGCUUGGAGUUGGCGAGGGAGAAGUUCGACGGGAUGAGGGAGAGGAACGUUGUGUCGUGGAGCGCGAUGAUUGCGGCGUAUGGGUACCACGGGGAAGGCCGGGAAGCUCUUGAUUUGUUUGGCAUGAUGUUGGGAAAUGGAGUGUUGCCUAAUAACAUCACGUUCGUGUCCCUCUUGCACGCUUGUAGUCACUCUGGUUUGGUUGACAAGGGUCUAGAGAUUUUCUCGCUAAUGCAGGACAAGUAUGGGGUGAGGCCGGAUGUGAAGCAUUUCACUUGCGUUGUUGAUCUAUUUGGUCGUUCUGGAAAACUCGAACGUGCCUUGAGUUUGAUUGAAGAUAUGAAUAUUGAAAAAGACGCGGGGCUCUGGGCUGCGUUGAUUGGUGCUUGUAGGAUACAUGGUGAUGUAGAACUGGCGGAGAAGGCUGCAACGUCCCUCCUCGAAUUACAACCCCAGAAUGCAGGGCAUUAUAUACUACUUUCCAAUAUUUAUGCCAAAGCUGGUCGAUGGAAAGAAGUGGCCAAGGUUAGGGAACUAAUGACUCGUCAAAGAAUAAAGAAAAUUCCGGGUUGGACUUGGAUUGAAGUGGAUAACAAGAUCCAUAAGUUUGGCGUUGGAGACCAUACACAUGUUCAGUCGAGAGAGAUAUACGAGCAACUAAAGCAAUUGCGUGAGAAACUGGAGCUGGCUGGCUAUGUUCCAGAUACGAAUUUCGUUCUACAUGACAUUGAUGAUGAGCUGAAGUUAGAUAUCUUGCAUACACACAGUGAGAAGCUGGCAAUUGCGUUCGGACUAAUUGCCACACCCGAGGGAACUCCCAUUAGAAUUACGAAAAAUCUUAGAGUUUGUGGUGACUGUCACACGUUCAUCAAAUUUGUCUCUGAUCAUGAAAAGGUUACUUGUUGUUCGUGAUGCAAAUCGCUUCCACCAUUUCAAGGACGGAGCUUGUUCUUGCAGUGAUUACUGGUGAACGUUUUGCUAUUGUCUGAAUCUGACUCGUUCGCCCAACCCCACACGAUCCUUCUAUUCGUGGAAGGGUCAAAGAAGGAUUUGGAGGCAUAGAAGUUGCCAUAGUCAUACCUCAAUCCAUUCCGGUUAUCAAUCAUGCCUUCAUCAG